UAAUUGUAAACAAAGCGGCGCUAUGUGAAUUAUUUUCAUCAAUUUAUAUAAAUUGCUGUUAUUUAAGCGUCAUUAUGUCCACAACUGAAAAUGUAACUCUGCCUGUGACUGCCAAGUUGGUGAAAGAUGCUCAAGAAGUGUCUGAAAUGAAAGACACUUCACUGGAUGAUAUUGCCGAGAGCACGCGGGACAUUGAGCUCAGAUUAAAGAGAAUUGAGGAGUCCAAGGAGUCAAGCAUUAAACACGAGAACACCGACAGUGUGGAAACGGUCCCAUUUAAUUGUAACGACAGAAACUCCGACAGUGUGGAUACUGUGCUGUUUAAUCCAGACGAUAUAAACACAGACAGCGUGGACACUGUUAUAUUUAAUCCAAACAAAUCGAAUGCAGCCUCCAACAAGAUCGAAGCUGCAGCUGAAAAGGCGGAUAUGGAAACACCGGAGCAGAUGGAAGUCGAUGGCUCUUCAUCAGAUUCGACCACAAAUGAGCGCAUGAAUGCAACCACAGAGAAGCGGAGGAAGAAAAUGAAGAAAUCGAAGGAGGGGACAUCGAAGGCGGCGCCAGCUCAGAAGAUGGACUGGCGACGGAAUCUGCGCACUCACAUUUCCAAUAUGUACAUGAAGUCGGAGAACCGUCUGCCGGGUGCAUGUGUGCCCAGGUGUCUGCAGAAUACGAGAGAAUGCGAGGACAAACACCGCACUGCCAUGCUGCCGGAUGUUCCCAACUUUAUGAUGGCCGAGGAUCUGAAGAAAACGCUGAGCGGCCACCACUACGACACGUUUCUGGACAUGCUGGAGAUGAUGGCGCUGCAGUGUGUGUACCCGGGAGAUGGUGUACUCGACAGGCUCAUGGACAUGGCCAUGAUUCUGUUGGCCAAAGAGAUGAGUGUCAAGGAGCUGGCGGGCAUCUAUGGCAAGGUGAUACGCACCUUCUUUCUCCUCGUCGACGCCUUUCCGCCCUGCUGGACAUGCUUGCGGCCAUACUACUUGAAUUUCCUACGCGUGCCCAAUCCGGCAGUUCGUAGCGAGCGCUCCCACAAUGCGCCGCAAAAGGUAAAAUUCUAUCUGGAUCUCUUGGAGGAGCUCUUGCCGCAAUGCAGCGAUAAGGAUAUCCGCGAGUACACAAAGUCCUACGAGGAGCACGUGUACAACUACACGGAGGAGGAAGAAAUGGACAUGUCACAGGACACGGCAUUCCUGCAGCAUGUGCAAGAGUACGACUGGGUGAGUGGCAAACUCUGCCUGGAUGACUUCAAGGUUCUGUCGCCUGGUGCGCGCCUUUCACGACUCUGCGAUGUGCUGAAUAUGCUCUGCUGGGUGCUCGAAAUGGAGUUCCUCUCCUGGCUGGACCACAACCGUCUGCGACAGUCCGAGACUGAGAUGUUCAACGAGGAGACAAAGCCCUUUGCCAUCCAUGUCUUUGGUAUGUCGGCAACAGUGCGGCUCACGGACACUGUGCGCCAGGUUAUGCGUUUGUUUGGCUUGGCGGCGGGCAAGUCCAUGUACCCCGAUCGUUUACGCAUACUCCAGCGCCUCAUCUCACUCGUUGUGGAAGUCAGCAACACGGCUGAGCUCAAGUAUGUGGAUAACGCUGUGACCUACCCGAAUUUGGGACCGCAGACCCGCCUGCUCAUUGCCGAGUUCUUCAAGAUAUUCAAGUCACAGAAUCCCACACACAUCAGCACCUACGUCAAAAGCAUCCCGCUGCUGGAGCAGCCGUAUCUUCGCUUCGAGUUCACGGAUCACUUUCUGCAGCUCUUUUACUUCCCCAGAAAUGUGCCAUUCGGGCCAAAAAAGGUUUGCGAUGAAUUCAACGACAGGCAGUGGAUGAAGUACAAGCCAAGGAGCGAGAUCGAGGACGAAGACGAUGAGCAGUUGUCGCGGGAGGAUUAUCUGAGUAUAUUACUGAACGCCCUCAAGGACUAUGAUAAGUGGAUGAAUCUGGAGGGCUUUUGGAAGUUCAUGAAGGGCAAGGAGCAGGUGCAGCCAUUGCAGACCAGAACCAGCAGCCCACUGGCCACUCCGGUGGGCAUUGUAACUGGCGAAACGUUCAAGGUCUUCGAACUGAACGAAAUGGAAAAGGAAGUGCCCACCUGGAAGAAGCGCCUCAACACGAAAGUGAUUUUGGGCAGGCCCAAGGUUAAUUUGCCAGUGGCCAAAAUCAACUUGCCCGAGAUGUGCGUUCGCUACAGCAACGAUGUGCGUUACAUGCGCUACCUGCGGCGGGUGCUCGUCAAGGAAGUGCAGUCGGAAAUCGAUGUGAACGAUUGGUUGUCCUAUCUCAAUGGAUUCCUGUGCGAUGAUGAGCCACCAUCACCACCGGGAACGCCGCGAUCAACGCCACGAUCAUCGCCAGUCGCAGACUCCGAAAAGUGUAGUGUUCCGUUCCAAGUAUUUUUUAAGCCAAACCAAAAGUGGAAGUUAUGAAGUUAUUAAUUCUAAGUUAAGCUGAGCGGUGAUCCAUUAUG